AUGGAUAUCAACCAAUCAGCCGUGAACUGCUCGGGAUCCGUCAGUCAUGGAUCACCGACCCAGCGACAAGAAUCCAUAAGCUCCUUGAGCCCCAACCAAGGCUCCGCUAACUCCAUUGGAUCCACAAGCACAAAGCAAUCCUCCACAGUCUCGAGAGGAUCCAUGACUCUCAGUCAGCCUUCGGGAGACUCCAGGGAUGACCUGAAGCAGGUGCCCUCACUUGGUGGUGGGGCAACCGGAGAUGCUCACACUUCUAGGGACACUUUGAGGAACUCCCAGGCAAUGAGAGAUUCCUUGAGAGAUUCUCAGACGUCAAGAGAUGCUCUAGGUCAUCAAGACUCUCACACAUCUAGAGAUUCCGGAGGUCGCAGAGAUUCUCUGGCUUCUAGAGAUGCAGGACACAGAGAUUCUCAUAUGUCAAGGGAUGCUCUAGGUCAUCAAGACUCUCACACAUCUAGAGAUUCCGGAGGUCGCACAGAUUCUCUGGCUUCUAGAGAUGCAGGACACAGAGAUUCUCAUAUGUCAAGGGAUGCUCUAGGUCAUCAAGACUCUCACACAUCAAGAGAAUCUGGAGGUCGCAGAGAUUCUCAGGCUUCUAGAGAUGCAGGACACAGAGAUUCUCAGAUGUCAAGGGAAGCUCUAGGUCAUCAAGACUCUCACACAUCAAGAGAUUCUGGAGGUCACAGUUCUCAGGCUUCUAGAGAUGCAGGACACAGAGAUUCUCAGAUGUCAAGGGAUGCUCUAGGUCAUCAAGACUCUCACACAUCAAGAGAUUCUGGAGGUCGCAGAGAUUCUCAGAUGUCAAGGGAUUAUGCUAUGAACGAUUCUAUGAUGUCAAGAGAAUCCCUAAGUCUUCAAGACUCUCACACAUCGAGAGAUUCAGGAGGUUGCAGAGAUUCUCAGGCUUCUAGACACAGAGAUUCUCAUAUGUCAAGAGAAACUGACAGGGAUUCUCAGGUUUCUAAAGAUUCAGGAGCUUUGAGGGAUUCCAAGAAUUUGAGAGAAACUCGCAGAGAUACUCAGAUUUGUAGAGCUGCUGGAGAUCCUGGGGAUUAUCAGACUAAUAGACAUUCAGAAAUUGAUCACAGAGAACCCAGAGGUGAUGUGAGGAAUACUCCUUCAACACGAAAUCCUGUUAGUACAAAAGAUCAACUGAAAGGGUCACACACAUCACAAGAUCACAUUUCUCACACAGAUCCUCGCACAUCCAAGAGAACUCCAGCUCACCCAGAUUCCCACAGAUCAAGGGAUCACAAUAUAUCCAGAGAUCCUGUCAUGUCAAGGGAUCAUGUGUCUCAGAACCAGACCCCUCGGGACUGUGCCGCCCUGAGACACUCCGGCCGGUCGGGUGCAGGACCGCGUCAGACUUCAGCCAGCUCCAUGGGGUCAGUGGACAGCAGAUCGAGGAGGAGGAUCUUCACACGGGCGAUGGUCCAUCAUGAUGCUGUUGGCGACUCGGAAGACGAAAUGUACAGACACUGGAAAGGUGAUGUCAAAAUGCAUGCUUCAAAAGUCUUCAGUCUUUAA